AUGAGACAUGAUGCCAUGGAGGAGAGGGUGCCGGGAAGUAGGACGAGCCCCCACAGGGUCGAGUACCACAAAGCCAUCGCCUUUGGCAGAGGAGGAAAAAUGUCCGCUGGUCUUAGCAAGAUCAGGGUCUUGCUCGCGCGCCCCGGGCGCCCACGGGUGCCAGCUCACUCCGGGCAGGGCAGGGCAGACCCCGGCGGAGCCCGGAGCCGGCCGAUCUGGACUGGACAGAGCGAAUUCAGGACGGUGCCGAGCCCCGGGAAUGCCGGGCGUGGGCUGAAGGGAUCCCGGCGCCCUCCGAUCCCUCAGACUUUGGCUUGCGUGCUGGGACCGGACCGGCGUCGCCUCGGUCACCCUGUGCCCGGUUCACCUGUGGCCUCAGAGCCUCGGACCCGCCGGACCCUUGCUCAUUCCCCACCAGAGCCCGGCGGGGGUUGGGAGAGAUAUUUCCUGGCCUCUUCUUUGGAGCGUGGAGGCCCCGCCCCCUCCCACCGUCCAGAUGUCUCCAGUGGCGGCUCUGAGGACCUCCUUGAGGCCAAGGGCCGAAGGGUCCAGAGAGAGAAGCCCGCCCUAGGGAGCCUUGGGGGCCCCCCAACCUCGCCUUGGGACUUGGCCCCCGACGCUGCGCGGAAGGAAGGCCGGUGCCCCCACUGCCCCCCUUGGGGGCUGCCCUCCUCCAAUCCAGCUCCCUUCCCAGAGCUACCCACAUCUGGAGCCCCCUUCACAUCUGGAAGACCCCAGCCACCAUCCCUCUGCAGGUGUCAGUUGCAUCUCGAGACCUCUGCCUUUGCAAUUUCCUAGGAGUUGUGAGGGGAUUACUGCUGCCUUCCGCCCAUCCCAAGGGCAUCUCUUACCCUUAGUCCCUGCAGAGUCAUCCCCCUGCCUCUGUGUCCAGCUCAGCAUACCCACAGGCACUUCAAGUCCUAGAGGCCACUCCUGAGACCCAAGGCCCCUCCCCCUGCUCUCCUGUGUCCUCACCUUGACCCCCUUGGUCAGACUCUGUCUCCCUCUGGGUGUCCCAUUCCCCACCCAGAGGUAGAGGAGGCGGGGUGGCAGGGGGCAGGGGCUGGGUGA